AUGUAUCCACUACUACACAAUAAUAAUAAUAAUAAUCAAAAUAUUAAUAACAAUAACAUUGUAAAUAAUACAUUGCUACAACAACAACAACAACAUUAUAUAACGACUUGUAGUAAUCUUGGUAGUAUAGGAGAUCCAAUUCAUGAAAUACCUCUUCCUAUCUACAGAAAUGAUAGAUCUAUUGAUCUCAUUCAGGCUGAUUAUGCCAUCAAACAAAAUGUACUCUCAAAUGCUGUUAAUACUCUAACAUCUGCCAACAACAACAACAACAACAUUAAUAAUAGUAAUGCAAUAUUGUCAAAUAUCAAUAUGAUGAUCGAUCAAACCAAUAUAUCCUACUUGAAGUUUAAACCAUCAUCAUCAUCAUCAUCUAAAUCAUCUGACAACAAUGAAAAUACUCCACCACCUUCUUCUUCUUCUUCUUCAUUGAUGACAACCAUUUAUAAUCACCUACCAGCCACAACCUAUACAACUACUACUACUACUCAAUCCCAAACAUUAUCAACCAACAACAAUGAUAUUAAAGUUUUACCAUCUACAUCAUCUGCUUUUGUAUCAAGUGACAAUGAAUUUAUUGAUAAACACUUUCCCAACAACAACAACAACAACAACAAUAAUAAUAAUACUAAUAAUAAAAAGGUGGUCUCAACAAAAAAGAAAAGAACAACAACAACAAAGCCUACUCUAUCAUUGAUUGAACAACAAGAAUCAUUGAUCAAUACAACACUAAAUGACAACAUCUCUAAAAGAAAACAAAAAACUAUCAAUCAUAAUGUUUCCAAUGCCAACUUGAACCAAACACAACAAAAUACCAUCGAUGAUCAUCAUCAACAACAACCAAUUAUUCAAGUGAGCAAAAAGAUUACAAUCCAAGAGAAAUUAGUAACACAAAUACGAUAUCUUUUAGAGAAUAUUGAAAGAGAUAAAGAUCAUGAAACCUUCAACUCUACCUAUAUAGAUAAUCUUCGAAUGGAUCUAUCAAUCGUAGAAAAGAAUGAUGAAAUGUCAUUGGGUGACAUUGAAUUGGAGCAUUAUGCAUCUCUUUUUCAGCACCUUUACCGUCUUGUCAAGGCUGCCAAACAAGUCCACUCUCUUUCUUUCAAAGAGACAAUGCAACAACAAGAUAUUUUGGAGUUCAACAAACUAGAGUUGGCGUUUGCAAGCUCAUCAUUAAUCACUCAAUUACUGUCACUACCUGUUAUCGGUAAUUUACUUUGUGAAUUGAUAGAAGAUGAUUUGGUUGAUUUUGUUACAACUUGCAAAUCACUAAUCAAUGAAAAUAUCUUUGGACACUUGGACCCUUCUUUUAAAUUGAGACAUCCCACUUCUACUUCCUCCUCCUCUUCCACUGCUUCAACAAAGAAUGGUGAAGGAAAAAAAGAAACAGACAAAGAAGAAAGUGGUGAUGAUGAUGAAGAAGAUAGCGAUGAUGACGAUGAUGAUUAUGAUACCGAUGGUGAUAGUGACGAAAAAGACGACAACAAAGAUGAAUCUCAAACAGAAAAGAAAAAGAGAAAUACAAACAUCAAGAAACAAAAGACUUCAAAGACAAAAUCAUCACCUGUUUCUUCUAAACAUUCUAAAAAAAAAGGAAAUAAUUACUAUUUAUCAAUUUGCAAUAGAGUAACAGAAUACUAUUCAAGAUUAACAAUAUUUUUAGAAAGAUACACACCACCAAACGAGUCUUUUGCCAACAUUAUGAUGGACUAUACCAUUCCAUCUUUAUUUAUAAGUGGACCUAUCCACCUCGUUCAACUAUACUCUAUCAAUCUCUUACGUGUUGUCUUUCAAAAAUUCCCAUCUCACCGCAACCAAAUAUUUGAUCAAUUACUAUCAAGUUUACCAAAAACUCUUUCAUUCAAAAAGCUCAAUAUUCGUACCUUUAAGUUAGAAAAUGAUAAAUCAAUUCAAAAUAUUAGUGCACUAUUUUUACAAUUGAUUCAAAGUUCAGCCCAACUCCCCUCGGCCAAACAAGAGACUAUCACCUUGAAAUCCUCUUCUUUACAAUCUUACCAAAAUUUUAUAUCUAUGAUUAUUUUAUAUUUUAUUCAAAAGUGUUCAAUCAAAAAUCCAUCAGAUGAAUUUGAUUAUAGAACUAUAUUGGAUAACUUUUUACAAGAUAUGUUGUUAUUAAUGAAUCACCCUGAUUGGCCAGCCGCCAACAUGGUAUUACACUUUUUGUCUGGAUCAUUGUGCGAGGUAUUGUCAGAACAAUCAAAGGUCAAUUUAGGAGAUCAAGUAUCAACUCUUAAAGCCUUGUCAAUUGAUAUAUUGGGUACGAUUAUUGCCAAAAUCAAACAGGAAAUGUUGACCAUUCAAGAUGAUAUACAAUCCCUACCAUUAUUAUUAUUGGAAUUCCAACAACCUGCUGCCACCACCACCACCACCACCACCACAACAACAACAUUGACAAACCAACAUGUAAUUUGUCAAUGCAAACAGUAUCAACCAAUUGGAUCAUUUAUGGUAAAAUGUAAUCAAUGCAAGAAAACCUAUCAUGAUCUAUGUGCUCCAGAUUAUUCACUAAAUGAUAGUACUCACCACCAACAAACUUGGAUUUGUGUUCACUGUAAAAUCUAUGACCAAAUAUCUGAUUUCAUACCAUCAGCAACAACAACAACCAUUUCAUCAGACACACCACCCGACCAAAAACCAAACAAGACAACCAAAAAAAAAUCCUCCAAAAGUAAAAAAGAAGAUCCUAUCAAAGAAGACAGCUACAACAGCGCAAUUGAUUUGCCAAAAGAGGAUGGUGACCUACAACAACAACAACAACAACAACAACAAAACAAAUAUAUUCAAGUUGGAAAUGAUCAUGAUGUAGUAUCACAAUUGAUCAUCAACUAUUACCUUGAAAAAGAACAGCGAGAGCCAUCAAUGACCACCUCUAAGCAAUUUACUAUUGCCUAUUGGUUUGAUUCGAUGAAAUCUGCAUUGUCACAAAAAGAGAAGCAAUAUUUGUUGUCCCAAUGGGAUAAUCAACAACAACAACAACAACAACAACAACAAGGUGGACGAAGAUAUGUAAUGAAUCAAGAGUUGACAUUUAAAUUGUACAGAAUCCUUUCAACUAGUAUCAAAUCAUCAAUCUUUCAAGUCUCUAAUCAAAUUCUCGACAAACUUUUAAAGGUACUAGACGAUACCUCAAAAGCUGCAAGAGCCAAAACAAUGAAAUCUUUUUCUCUCAUUGUUGAAGUCGAUCCAUCUGUCCUUGUAGAUGAAUAUGUAGAUACAAUCAAAAAAAGGUUUUCUGAUGAUGCAAUCUCGGUAAGAGAGCACACUGUAGAUUUGAUAGGAAAAUAUAUAUUGGUUAAACCAGAAUCUACAUGGAAGUAUAUGGAUGCUAUAUGCCAAAGAAUAUCAGACAAGGGAAUCAGUGUACGAAAAAGAGUAAUCAGAACACUCCAUGACAUAUGUAUCAGCCAAUCUGACCAUCCAAUGAUUCCACAUCUAUGCAAGAUAAUGGUUACAAGAAUAUCAGACGAUGACAGCAUUAAAGAUGUAGUUGUCCAAACCUUUAAGGAUCUAUGGUUCAAUGACAAUGAUAGCAACGCUACCGCUGCCAAUGGGUACAAACAAAAAAUUAUCAACAAAACCAAACAAAUAGUUGAAGUUGUAAAGAUGUUAAAUCAAGAUGAUUGGUUUGUAGAUUUAAUCAAACAACUUUUGGAUGAAAACCAAGCUAAAAAAGGCAAAAAAAAACAAUCAAAGAAAACAGCGCAACAAGUAAUGAGCACAUGUCAAGAUAUCUGCUCAAAUGUUAUCGAAAUCUUAAUUUCCUUUGAUGAAAAGAAACGAUCCAAAGAACUUCCAGAGUUCUUGGCCUUGUUUAAAUGCCUCAGAAUAUUUUGCAAAGUCAACCCAUCUUUUUUAACACCAUUUGCCAAACUAUUACAUCCCUAUAUUAAACUAACAAAGGCAAUUAAUAACGAAGAAUUAAAAGUAUAUAUAAAUGUAACAUAUAUAUUACAAAAAACCAUACCAAAAUUGGAAAAUGUUGAAAAAGAAUUUAUUGAAACACUAGAAAAGGACUUGAUUACUUUAAUUAGUAACCAAGGAUCACAACUAGUUUUAUCCUCGAUCAAAUGUCUUUGCUCUAUAUCCCAAAACACUAGCUACAACUACAAGGUUGUCGAGAAUCUUUUCUGCAAAAGCCUACAAUCACUUCAAGACUGUGAACGUAAAACCAAAGGUGAACUAUUAAGAUCACUUUACAUUACUGGUCUCUUGGUUAGAUACUUUGACUUUGAAAAAAGAAAAUAUUUUAGCAUUCUUCUUCCAGAGUCUUUAAAUUUUGAUGAUGGAGUAAUCGAGGUGAUCAUACCAAUAGUUUCUAGAAUCUACAAGUUAACCAAAGAUAAAGAUAUCAUUUCAAAGUCAUUGGAAGCAAUUGGCAACAUUAUUCUAUCGGAACCAUCGAUUCUUAUGUUUGAAACCAUAAAAGAAAUUCUAUCAAUAUCAUUAUCCUCUCCAGAGGUUAAAAUUAAUGACACUGUUCUAUCAGUCUACAUCAAGCUAUUGAAACAUGAAGGAAAGAACAAGGAUCAAUUAGUUCAUGAAACACCAGCCAAACAAGAGGAUCAAAUGUCAGACAAUGAUAGCCAAGAAGGAGAAGGAAAAGAUAGAAAACCAAUUAUUUCUAUGAAUGUGGAUAUCGAUGGAGAGUCACUUGUAGCAUCAAUUCAAAAAUUCUUUAUACCAAUUUGCAAACUAUUAACAAACAGUGAUCCAAUGGUCAGAUUAAAAUCACUCACUGCAAUAGAAUUGAUCGUUCACCAAGGAAUCAUCAAUCCAUUAGAGGCAGUACCUGAAAUUAUCACGCUAAUCACUGAUAGCAACUCUGAAAUUUCAACAUUGGCCUAUCUAACCUUGAAGAAAAUAGAUGAAAAGUUUUCAUCUACUCUCUUUAAAAGAAUCAUUGAAAGUUUACAAAUUUGUUUUAAAUUCCAUAGUAGUUUGGGAACAAGUAAAAGCAUAAAACAAUCUAGAACAAUAUUUAUUCAUCAGAUCAUGUCACAAUUUGAUGGGUGCAAGUCAUUCAAGUACAAAGAUUUGGAAUUCUACCGAUUUGUUGCAGAAUUGUUAGCAUCCCUUCCCUAUGGAAACAUGGAUGAACUUUUCGAAAUCAUUAAACAAUUAUCCCUUUUCCCAGCAGUUCCCGUCAUUGGAAGAUACGAAAAAGGAGCAAACCCAAACUCAAAUUUUCCUAGACUACAAAACUCUUAUGGACAAUGA